AUGAUGACAACAGCCACGACUGGUGAAACUCCUAGACUUCUCAUGCUAAAACUUGAUCAUAAAGACUUUUGUAUGUCCUAUGAAAAGUUACUUGCGGAGAAGUAUCAACAACAACCACAACAACAACCUCCUCAACAUCAUCCACAUGGUUCAUAUGAUAUGAACCUCAUGAGCCUAACAUUUCAAACGACGACAACAUCUCCACGCACCCUAACAACAUCCACUCAACCCUCUCCAACCCACUCUCUCAAUGGUGGUCCUCUCUUUCAUCUCAGCAAUCCAGACAAUAACUAUUACCCUCUAACAACAUCCACAAUGACAAACGAGGACGACCAUUCCCAACUCCAUUCUUCGAGUACCCAAACCAAGAACGCUUUCAGAUACAUAACAACUACUUCCAAAUACUCGGUCUCUUCACCUCAUGACAUUGAUCCCAUCAACUCGAGCAGAAAUAUCGAUCCGACUCUCAAUCUAGAUUUUCAAGAUCAAGUUGGUUCAAAAGUCCAACCUCAGAAUCACGACCUGAUGAUGAAUGAUACUUGUUUUGUUCAAGAUGAAGGUUGCUGGUUUUCCAUUCAUGAACCAUCAUUCACCAAUUGUGAACAAAGCUUCCAACUUGAGUUAGACCACAGUGGUAGGAACACCUCCUCUGCUCUUCAGCCAUCCCAAGUACCUCCAACUCUUGAUCCUUCUUCCACUAUUACAUUGAUGAAUGUCGGAUCAGAAGAGAUUUCUUCCUCUUCCAUGACCGAGAUCAGCAGCACCACCACAUCAACACUUCCCACAACUCCCACGUUGUCCACCUCUUGCAAAAAACAAAAACGUUCAAAUACCACCACCUCGACCACAACCACUAAGGGAAAAGGAAUUUGUAAGAGAUCAAGAUCCUCUUCAUCCUUGUCCGCUUCCAAAAUCAAACAACAAUCCAUGCAAUUUACCUUUCCUUUAUGGACCUUCCAUGUAUCACGGUCCUCAAAUUCCUCUAGACAUUAG